AUGGACACGGAAGAGCUCUUACGAAUUCUGAACCCGAACAUACAGGAAGCAGAUUUCACUAUUCGCAAUGAGCAGACGGAUCCGGUAUCUAAGAAAAACUGGCAAAGAGGUAUGACCGACGCAACCGCAGACAGGCUACGCGGCUUCACCAGACAGGCAAGGAGACAGCCUCAGAAUAGAGGCGUCGCAAACCCGCAGGCACAGAACCAACCUCCAGCAGCAGGAAACGCUGGACGUCCACCUACAACGGGUUGUAAUGCAUGCCGCACGAAUGCGCCACCCAGCUUUCGACACAUCCCAUCGUGCAGGAAUCACUGUUCUAACCAGCGAGUGGGUAAGCCGACAUUUCAACAGCGGCAAUCUCAACCCACCCUCCAGGUAAACGCGGUCGACGUUCCAGCGCAGGAAGAAGAGGAGGAGGCGUUCAACCCCACCGAGAUGCACAUUGCCUUACUUCUGCAACACCCAGACGAAGACGAACAAGAAGAAUGGGGUGGGGAUCAACACACUGAGGAUUGGGAUGACCUCUCCGACGGUGCAUCGGCAAUCUUAUCUAUGAAAGACCCACUGAUAUCGAAAGACAACAGGGUGUUUAUCAACAUACAAGUAAAUGGAAAGACAUGCAGAGCACUCGUUGACUCAGGAGCAAACAGGAGUUGCAUUGACACGGCAUCCGCAAAAGAAUGGAAUUUACCAACAACACCAGCACCAGAAGGAGCCUACAUAUAUUUAGCAGACAGAUCGUUACGCACGAAACGGUUGGGAGCUACACUCGCCACACCAGUUCGAUAUGGGCUAGAGAUGUCGACACAAUCAUUCGAGCUGAUGAACCUACCCCCAUCAAUAACCGUUAUCAUAGGCCAAGACCUGAUGCCGAGUUUGGGUUUGUAUAAAGGAGGUCUUCAGUCUCCCUUUGCACCAAUUGACGAACUAGACAAACUCUUGGAACCUCUCCCACUCCGGAAUGGCCCAGAUUUGACAGAGGCGGACGGGAUUCGCCAAGAAUUGAAAGCGGAACUGGAGGGUAACAAGGUGAUUUCGGACAAAGAUAAUGUCGUCUUGUAA